ACGUUUACGCUCUUACAUGAAAAAAAAAAAGAAGCUAGCGGAUUAAAGUGUUCAUGAUCGUACUGCCAACGCUAAAACGGGAUGACAAACUUCUUCGCCGUGCCUCAGAUUCCCACACGUGACGCGUCCUAAAGGAGAGCGAUGUCAUUGUCAGCAGAUAAACUCAUCGACAACAUAAAUCUGCGGGCUGGAAUAAAGUUGACAUCAAAUGGUGCAUAGGGCUUCCCCUCUAGGUCAACGUGUGUGUGUGUGUGUGUGUGUGUUUGUGUGUUUAUGGUGUAUGUUAAUGAGUGAGCACCUUAGCAGCUAGGGGUUGUAAAGUGAUGCCAAGAUGCUCCUGUCGCUGGGAAUGCUGAUGCUGUCGGCGACACAGAUCUACACCAUCUUCACCGUUCAGCUCUUCGCUUUCCUCAACCUGCUGCCUGUGGAGGCCGAUAUCGCUGCUUACUCAUUUGACAACAAAACAGAGAACUUUGAUGACCUGCCUGCGCGGUUCGGCUUUCGUCUUCCCAGCGAUGGACUGAAGGGCUUCCUGAUCGGUGCCCGGCCGGAGAAUGCGUGCGAGCCCAUUGAGCCUCCUCCGAGGGACAACUUGACAGGUGCCUUCAUUGUCCUCAUCAAGAGGUUGGACUGCAACUUUGACAUCAAGGUCCUCAAUGCCCAGAAAGCAGGUUACAAGGCAGCCAUUGUUCAUAAUGUGGACUCUGAUGACUUGAUCAGCAUGGGAUCAAAUGACCUGGAGGUUCUGAAGCAGAUUGAUAUUCCCUCUGUGUUUGUGGGUGAGGUGACUGCCAAUUCUCUGAAAGACGACUACGCAUACGACAAGGGGGGAUAUGUGGUCCUCAUGCCAGACUUCAGCCUGCCGCUGGAAUAUUACCUGAUCCCCUUCCUUAUCAUCGCAGGAAUCUGCCUCAUCCUCAUUGUUGUCUUCAUGAUUACCAAGUUUGUCCAGGAUCGACACAGAGCUCGUAGGAGUCGCCUGCGCAAAGAUCAGCUCAAGAAACUUCCAAUUCACAAGUUCAAAUCAGGAGACAACUACGAUGUCUGCGCCAUCUGCCUGGACGAAUAUGAAGAUGGAGACAAGCUCCGAGUCCUGCCAUGUUCUCACGCCUACCACAGUAAGUGUGUGGACCCGUGGCUGACCAAAACCAAGAAGACCUGUCCGGUGUGCAAACAGAAGGUGAUCCCCUCGCAGGGCGACUCGGAGUCGGAUUCAGAGGACGGCGAGAGCGGCCCCGACGAGAACGAGGAGGUGUCGGAGAGCACCCCGCUGCUGCGCUCCUUGGCCUCCACCAGCGCCCACUCCUUUGGGACCAUGUCAGGAGCGUCGCACUCGGAGCACGACCAGGAAUCCUCCGAGUACGAGGACGACGAGCUGGACAGCAGCGACAGCGAGGAGGAGGUCACUGUGGAGACCGUGGUGGUGCAGCUGCAACAGCCUUCCUCCGAAGGCCUCGACCACGAGCACAACCUGCCCAAAGCUUGACAGAUUGUUGGUCAAUAAACACCCCCCCCUCCCCUCCUCCCACCUCCCUUUGCAACACCCCAACCUCACAGCUGCAGAGACUUUUGUUGGGGGUCACGGAAACCGGUUCAUCAUCUGGGUUCUUCUGUUGCUGCUUUCAAUACAUUGUAAUGUAUCCUUAAGUUCACAUACAAAUCUAAAUUUGACUUUUAGCUGAUUCCCACGCGUGUGACUGGAGGUCAGUGAGUGAAAAUUGAAUGGGCUGUUUGACAGAUUUGAGAGGAAUGAUGACACUGAUAUACAGUAGACUGUUAUACUGUACACUGUAAAUUCAUAAAAAAAAAGACAACACGCUGCUGUUUUGUCUCCUUUAGUGAAGAAGUCCCAAUCAUUGUCCGACACAAACUUCAGUAAAGGUACUAUGUAUACCGUAGAUCACUAUAAGAUACGUGUUUACGUUUGAUUCAUCUCCGACAGGUUCACUACUGUACAUACAUGUUCUGCUUAUUUAAAGCGCUAUGCAGCAUCCAUAACCAUCAAGUCAAGGAACGGUUAAAAUCACAGCAAUUUUUUGCCAUUUUUAUUUCGAGUCUGGCGCAUGAAGGAGACGGACGAGCUGCUCCCGUCUGUGUUUUAUGCCACAGUUUAUCUGUUACAGUGACUGGAGGCAAUCCAGGGUGAGAAAUGCACACUGCUCGCCACGUGACGUCACGUUCUUAUGUCGUGGGUCACAAAUUCAAGUGUGAAGAGACACUUGAGGGACAACUGUGUCCACUCUGCCUGUGAUGAACUUCUUCUGGCUGCUUCAGACCUGUCACUUUAUUUAACAUAGAGCAGGUAUUGGUUGAUCGGCCUUGUGAUAGAUGUUUAAGGUCAUUUUAAUACUGUUUAUAGUGAAUAUUCUAACUUUUUCUUUUGCCAUAACAGCUUUAUUUUCAUUGAAAAAAAAGAAAGAAAUCCCGUUGCCUUUUUAAGUUGGCGUAUCUUGUCUGUGUUUUCGUUCCGUUUGUCUUUUCUCAAUAUGAAUUCACUUCGAUGAAAUAAAAAUGACACUUAACAUGGAAA